AUGGCCAUUGCUAACUGGCACAGGACUGAUUUCGUGCUUUUCAUGUCUCUGAUUUACCUGUGGACACUCUCUAUCAGUGCCGUUAUGGCGAUGUGGCUGUCGAAACUGGUUUUCAAUGCCGAUCCAAGACUGAAAGAACGAGACAUACGCGGUGAGAAGGCUGCCUUCUUCUGCUUGGUCCUUCCAAACAUCGCCGUAUUGCUCGGCCACAUCAUCUGGGCCUUCGUACACGGUCUUGUCGGCGCUUGGCGCCGAAGCGGGAACCGCUUGCGACACUUUUUCCGGUGUGCGUACCUAGGAACGACUGCCUCCUUGAACUAUUGGGCGCUUGGAUGCCUUGCUGCUGCUACCGGGACCUCCUCCGUAACGCUGCUGGCCGUAAACGGGUCCGGCAAAAGUGACGACUCCAACCCCACCAGCGUCCGUAAUAGUCCGCUCUGUCAAGAUUACGCAGCGAUUGGACUGGAUCGUCACUGCGCCAUGACUCGGUUCGUUUACGGGGCCGGUUUGAUUACAAUGAUCGUCGGAUUCCACCCGCUGGGUCGUCUGGGGACAUCGACUCAGGGGUCUAUUCCUUCUCCCAUUCAGCAGUCUGCCACCUCUCAUGAUGGCUCGUCGCGAUGGGACAGCGAUUCGAGUCUCACGGCGGAUUCACCUGACAGGCGCCAUUACAUUCGCCUGCAAGACCCCCCGCCGUCGAUCCAGUCUUCCGCGUGUCUUGAUUCCGAUAACGGCGACGGAAGCGGGCGCAAGCCUCGCCAGCAGACGUCCCCUGCAGGCCGUCCUUCCGCCUAUAGACAAGACACUGCAUCAACGACGUCGACCCUGGUCGAUAGUCCGGCUGGCGCUCGCUGGACGGGAUGGAACGGGGCCGAGAGAAUGGGUCAGGCUGUCCAGCCACAGUACCCACCAAGCGUGCACGUCACGUCGGGAAGAAACAACCCUUUCCGCUAG